CUUCCUUAAGAGAGAGGAAUUUCCCAUUCCCAGAGAACCAUUUGCAGUUCUCUUUGUGGGAGGGGCUACAGACCUAUAUAAUCUCCAGGCAGAGCUACUGAGAGCUUAGAGUGAGUUAUAGUGUGGACAAGGAAGAAACUAUCAGGCACGUGGAAACAUGUCUGGGAAACCCAAGCUGCACUACUUCAAUGGACGAGGCCGAAUGGAACCAAUACGGUGGCUGCUGGCAGCAGCCGGGGUUGAGUUUGAAGAAUCUUUUCUGGAAAAAAAGGAUGAUCUGACAAAGCUACAGAAGGAUGGAUCCCUGCUCUUUCAGCAAGUGCCAAUGGUGGAGAUUGAUGGCAUGAAGAUGGUGCAGAGCAGAGCCAUUGCCAAUUACAUAGCAAUGAAGUACAACCUCUACGGGAAGGACCUGAAGGAGAGAGCCCUGUACU